UCCUCUGUUAGGGACAGUUCUGUGCCCUAGGGCGCCAAAAAGCCCUAAAUUUUUCAAAGCUUUCUCUCUCUAGAAACACAUUUUCUCUCUCUUCUAGCCCAUGGUGCCCUGCUUUCCAGUCUCAAUUGUCAGGUUUGGUUAACAGUAUUUCAGCCAAAUUUUGAAUGCUGGAGUGGAAGAGCAUUAAAGCUGGAAUGGAAAAGCAUUUACAGUGUUGGUGUAGUUGUAGUCUGAGUGAUUAAUGGGUUCCUGAAAUUAGUUCCAUGGAUAGCUUUUAUGGUGAUAAAGGCCAACUUAUUUGUGUGCUGCUAAGGAUUACUGUUUGUAUGUUGUGAGGCAUGUCACCUUAGAUAUUUGUGAAGUUCAAGAUUGGUUCAUUACCUCAUAUUGUUAUUCUAAUCGUAUGCAACUGGUAAUUGCUGGCAAAUGUCAGAGAACGAGAUGGCAAUCAUCAAGCCAGAGGUUAUGAAGUCCUUCAUUUGGCUCCAAACUGCUGAUGGAUCGAUUCAACAAGUUGAAGAAGAGGUUGCUAUGUUUUGUCCAUUUAUAUGUCGAGAAAUUCUUCAGUCUGGAUUGGGAUCUUCUAAGAACUAUGCUAUCACACUUCCACCUCGAGUUAAUCCUAGCAUAUUGAGCUUGAUUCUUGAUUAUUGCCGGUUUCAUCAAGUUCCAGGCCGUUCAAAUAAGGAACGGAAAUCAUUUGAUGAAAGAUUUAUCCGAAUCGAUACAAAACGACUAUGCGAGUUGACUUCCGCAGCCGACAGCCUCCAAUUGAAACCUUUGGUUGAUCUUACGAGCCGUGCCCUUGCUCGAAUGAUUGAAGGGAAAACACCCGAGGAGAUACGUGAGACUUUCCAUUUACCAGAUGAUCUCACAGAGGAAGAAAAGCUAGAGCCACUGAGAAAUACUUCUGAUGACCCACGUAUUCGGCUCUUGAAUCGACUUUAUGCUAGAAAGAGAAAAGAAUUGAAAGAAAGGGCAAAGUUGAAGUCUGUUGAAGUUGAAGUGGCAAGUGUGGAUGACCGUUCUGUAGAUGAUCUUCUUUCCUUCAUCAAUGGAGGAGACGGAGACUCUAAGGGAAUAAAAGGAACAAAACAAAAAAAGAAAAAUCGGAGACGAAAAGAUCAAUUAAAGGAUCAGUCAUCAAAUGGUGUUGGCAACCAUCAGAUUGACGAGGAAAACAACAAGGAAAGUAAUUUACGGACUAGUUCUCAAACUAGUGAAGAUCGCAGUGUGUUUCUCCCCAGUCCUGGAAGGAAUCCUAACUCACAGUGUAUAGAUGACCAAUCUUCACUAAAAGUUGAUUUUGAGGAUCUUGAUAUUGAUGAUGGACUAGAUCCAGUCAUGAAAGAAAAACUUGAUAGGGAAGUUGAAGAUUUCGCCAGGAGAUUGAAUUCAGAUUGGCCUGAGAGAAUGCAGGAAAUUCUUUCCUCUGGCCCAGAGAGAAGGCUUGUUCCAAUGUCUAUGAAUGGAGAUGCAUCUAUGAGAAGAUAUACAAGACUCGGUCGAACUUGAACCUUUCCGAGCCAACUGUCUAGAGUGUGCAGCAUGCGGCGAAAUCAGGAAGAUGUUCUGUGACCAUCAAAAAAAGAACAAAGAAAAAAAAUAAAAAAAUAGAAGGAACGAAAUGAGGUUCCCAAUGGCUUUGAGAGAAGAUAAGUACUCUUCUGUUUUUGUUCCUGGCUUGCGAGUGGUCCCCCUUUUUAUAGUGCAGGGUGUUUCAGAUGCCGGCCACUUUCAAUUGGAGCUGUCAAUGCAUCCACCCACUUGUUAAAAUUCUCUACAGUUCGUUGAUUUUGCGUGUUGCAUUGGAGGUAACUUAAUGUAGUUCAAGGCUCUUCAGUCCCUUCUUUUGACUCAUUUGAGGACUUCCAAUGGAAACUUAUUGGCGGUGGGUUUUAACAAGUUUAACAUGUAACUCUAUGUAUCCUAACUGGGAUUUGGGUUUCUGGCUAAAAUGCGCGAUGCCCCGUUGGCCAGGUCGAAAUUUUCACCAUGUUUAUGGAACCCAACUUCUUUAAGGAAAUGACCUUAAAGCUUA